CAAACCCAAGAAGGGGCGGUGCCACGGCGGUGACCGGAAGCAGCUGCGGUUCUCAGCCGCGGUUUGAUAGUUGUCAAGCGGAUUCAACUCACUGCUGGAGGGAUGUGGAGGUGAUGGUCGACCAGGGAGGAUUUCUUGGAAUGUUUUCAGAGUCCCUGGGCCACACCCCUUAGUGAAAGCUGCAAGAUCUUCCUUCUGACCCCAGCAGCUCCAGUUGAGUCCGCAGACCCCACCAGACUUGGAGAACCUGGGAAGAGCCAGUGGUCAGCAAGAGACCCUUAGGGCUGAGAUCCAGUGUGAACAUGGCAACCAGUGGGGACUCUCACCAGCCAGAGGGAUGUGGCAACACCUGUAAGUGCUGACCGUGCUGCCUUGAACAGAACUGUGUUGUUACAGGUACUAGUGUCUUUUGAGGACGUGACUGUGGACUUCAGUAGGGAGGAGUGGCAGCAACUGGACUCUACUCAAAGAUGCCUGUACCAUGAUGUAAUGCUGGAGAACUACAGCCACCUGCUCUCACUGGGGUUUGAAGUUCCCAAGCCAGAGAUCAUCUUCAAGUUGGAACAUGGAGAGGAACCCUGGAUGUGGGAGGACACCCCACAUCACGAUUGUUCAGAAAGUUCAUCUGGGUGGCUUUUGAUUUCUUCCACCUCAGUGCCCUCUGGCUUUGCCUUAGGUGGGACAUUUGGGAUGAAGAACUCAGAAAAGAGAAUUUCUGGAAAAACUACAUUUCAUAGUGAAAUUGAAGGUGAUGAUACAAGGGACAACUCAUUGUGUUCCAUUUUAGAAGAACUGAGCCAAGAUGCUGAGCGGAUAAAAAGAUGUCAGGAAAAAUGGGACAACUCUCUGAAUCACACUGCUUUUGUUAAUAAGAAAAUAUUGAAUACAGAGUGGGAUUAUGACUCUAGAGACAUUGAUAAAUGCAUCCAUCUAAGCCCAAAUCUUAUUCCUUCACAGAAAAGGCCCCAUAUACAUGAAUCAUUUGGGAAGCAUUUUAAGCAUAAUUUAGACUUUUAUAUUCAUAAUAAAAACAAUGCAACAAAGAACUUUGAUAAAAUUAUUGGCCACAGUCAAGUUUUUGCCCAGAGUACUUCUUAUGCUGCCCAUGAAAAUGUGCACACAGAAGCAAAGUUCUGUGAAAGUGAUCAGUGUGGAAAAGUCCUCAGCUUCAAACAUACCUCCAGUCAAAAUCUGAAAUUUCCUGUCAGGGAAAAAGCAAACACAUGUACUGAAUUUGGGAAGAUCUUCACUCACAAGUCACACCUCUUUGUGCCUCCAAGGAUUCACCCUGUGGAAAAACCUCAUGAGCUUAAUAAAUGUGUAAAUGUUUUUACACAGAAACCACUACUUAGUAUAUAUCUAAGAGUUCAUAGAGAGGAAAAACUAUACAUAUGUACUAAAUGUGGGAAGGCCUUCAUCCAGAAUUCAGAAUUAUUGAUGCAUGAGAAAAUUCAUACAAGAGAGAAACCCUAUAAAUGCAGUGAAUGUGGAAAAUCAUUUUUUCAGGUGUCAUCUCUACUUAGGCAUCAAACAGCUCAUUCUGGAGAAAAACUCUAUGAAUGCAGUGAAUGUGGGAAAGGCUUCUCCCUGAACUCAGCUCUCAAUGUACAUCAGAAAAUCCAUACUGGAGAGAGACAUCACAAAUGUAGUGAGUGUGGGAAAGCCUUUACCCAAAAGUCAACACUCAGGAUGCAUCAGCGAAUUCACACAGGAGAGAGAUCCUAUGUAUGUACCGAAUGUGGGCAGGCCUUCAUCCAAAAGGCACACUUGAUUGCCCAUCAAAGAAUUCAUACUGGAGAGAAACCUUAUGAAUGCAGUGACUGUGGGAAAUCUUUUCCUUCUAAGUCCCAACUUCAGAUGCAUAAGCGAAUUCACACAGGAGAGAAACCCUAUGUAUGUACUGAAUGUGGGAAGGCCUUCACUAACAGGUCAAAUCUCAAUACUCAUCAAAAGUCUCAUACCGGAGAGAAAUCUUAUAUCUGUGCUGAAUGCGGGAAGGCCUUCACCGACAGAUCAAAUUUCAAUAAACACCAGACCAUUCAUACUGGAGAGAAACCCUACGUCUGUGCAGAUUGUGGGAGGGCCUUCAUCCAGAAGACAGAGUUAAUUACACAUCAGAGAAUUCAUACUGCAGAGAAGCCUUAUAAAUGUUCUGACUGUGAUAAAUCCUUCUCUAAGAAACCACAUCUCAAAGUACAUCAGCGAAUUCACACUGGAGAGAAGCCAUAUAUAUGUGCAGAGUGUGGGAAGGCCUUCACUGACAGGUCAAACUUCAAUAAACACCAAACCAUUCAUACUGGAGACAAACCCUAUAAAUGCAGUGACUGUGGGAAGGGCUUCACCCAGAAGUCAGUUCUUAGUAUGCAUCGCAAUAUUCAUACAUGAAAUAACCCUGUUUCUUAGAAAUGAGAAAAUUUUUAUCACAAAAGUCAGGUCUAAGUAUGUAUUAUAAAAUCCACCCAAGACAGAGCCAGGCGUGGUGGUGCAUGCCUGUAAUCCCAGCACUCAGGAGGCUGAGGCAGGAGGAUUGCUGUGAUUCGAGGAUAGCCUGGGCUGCAUAGUAAGUUCAAGGCCAGGCUGAACUACAUAGUGAGACCCUGUCUCACGCACACAGACACAAACCCAUCCAAGACAGAUCCUAGAUUAAUACAUUCUAUGAGAAAAAGCAGUAAUCAGACUAUAUUAUCUGAGAUGAGAAAAAUUAUUCAGAAGACCCCUCUAAGAAUAUACUGAAAGAGACAGAGUCUUUAUAUUUGUACAGUCUCACAAAAUAUAGAACUCAUACUUGGAAAAAAUAUCAUUUUGAUACUUUGGAAAAGGCCUUCCUAUAUGAAGUAUUAUAAGGCAAAUUGUUACCAAAUUCUUUAUAGGAAGGAGAGUGCAAAAUUAUAUAAGUGGCAGUCAUGUUUACUGUGUUAGAGUAAAUAUUUCAACAUAAUAACAAAAAGGUUGGACAAUAAAAUAUAUUUGAUGUAUAGCCCUACUCUCAGUUCUGUAGGGUGUCUGGCUGAACACAUUGCAUAGCAGGGGGAAUAAUUGAAUUGAAAUUUUUUCUUUAAAUCUAAAAUGAUUGGGCCUAUCAAAUAUGUCUGUUGCAUGUUUCUAUUGAAUAACUGCAAGUUAAGUCAUUUUGGUUUUGUAUAUGCACAAAUCUGCAGAUACAAUUUUACACGAAUACAUAAAUAUCCUAUCCAUACUGGUAUCCAUGACAUAGUAUUUUUGUCUUCUGUCAUUGUGGUGCAAAGCAAAAUGGCCAGAGAUUCCUCCCAUCAUUUUAUGCAUGCCCCUUUACAAUAUUCCUUUGCUGUUUCUUUUAUGAAGAAGUAGCUUUUCUUUCUCUACUCUUUGGCUUUAAACUUGGCCAGUGGAUAUUGGCAAAGAGAUUCAAGAAGAGGUUUGAGAAGUGUGAAAGCCUGCCUUGAGACUUACCCUUUUUUGCGGCUCUUUGGAAUCCUGAGACUACUCUGUGAUGAAACUCAGAUUGCCCUACUGGGGAGCAUGAAAAAGGAUAUAAAACGGGCAAGCCAGACGAGCUGAGGCCCCAGAGACACCCCCUCCCAAGUAACCUGCCAACCAUCAGACAUGGAAACACAGCCUUCCUAGACCUCCAGCCCCAGCAAAGCCAGCUCAGCUCAGCCCAGAAUAGCCAUUCUAGUUACCCCAGCCAACAUGAAAAAUUGUGAUAUAAAUAAAAUGAUCACUGUUUUAAGUAAUAUGUUUUGGGGGUAGUUUGUUGCAUACAAAUGCUAAGUAAUACUUAAAAGUAUAUAUGUGUGGAGUGUAUUACACCCAAACAUAAUGUGGCAUUGGCUUUGGAACUGGGCAGCAGGUGGAGACUGGAAAAUCAGGGAGGAAAACUGUUAAAAGCUGGAAAAUAUGGCAGCCCACAUUAUGUAGUAGGAAAAAAAUGGCAAAACAGUUACCAUGCUCUGUGGAAGAUAAAGAAUGAGUCAAAUAAACUUGUGAAUCUGACUAAGGAGAUUUUCAGCAGAAUAUGGGAAGUGUCAGUUUGCUUCUUUUAGCUGCAUAUGAUAGAGGGCAGAAAGACAAAUGAAUUAAAGUAACAGUUCUACUGGCAAGCAGAAUCAGAAGAAAUCCAGAAAAUCCAGGGCUUACUGAGUUGGGAAAUAACUGUUUCACCUAGCUCAUCUCUCCAGCCAUCAAAAUAUUCUCAAAGUAAAAAAUGACCUCAGGGUAAAUAUCAAAUCAUGGGUGUGUCUCUAAGACCCAUUAUUGCAAUGUGUGAAACAUUGUAUUGGUGCUUGGGAGAGUCUCUCAGCUAAACUAAUGGGCAUAUAAAAAUCUUUGUGACAUUAUCCUACUGCUCUGAGAAAAGCUUAUCUUAAAAAGAAUUGGUGUGACAUUUGGGGCACAGAGUUGAUCUAACCAGAUUUAUAGGAAACCAAUACAUUUUGUAGUAGAGUUUUACCAGUGAAACUACCUCCAGGUUGAACUGAAAGGGUUUGAAACAAUUAAAAAUGAAAAAUGGGCUCUGGACUUCCCUUUCUAACUUCUACAAACAGUCUACAAUCCAAGAAAGUUACUCACCUGCAAACAUGAACUGUUUCUUAUGAAAAACAAAGGAUGUCUCAGAGGGAAGACCCAAGAACUAUGUAUUAAAAUGGACUGGGAGCCAUUCCCAAGGACACCUGUGCCAUAAUCAAGAAGCACUAUCUGCCCUUGGAGCAAGGGGUCCUACUAACAUUUGCUCUGUGGAAUUUCAAACCUAUUAUGAAAAGGUGACUGAUACGUGCCUCUUGUUCCUCCUCUUUUUAAAUGGGAGUAUCUAUUUUACUUAUUCUAUCACUAUACAACCAUAUAUAUAUGGGAGGUGGUGUCAUAUAGCUUGUUAUUUGGCCCUCAGGUGUCUGGAUCGAGAAACUGAAAAAUCUAGCCAAGGAGCCCCAGUCACAUCUGAACCUGAGACAAAAGACUUGAAACCUUAGAUUUGAACUUGAUGCCAUAAUUUUGGAUGAGAUACUUGGAGGUCCUGGAGUGGAAGUAUAGUUUGCAUGGGGUGGUAAUGUAAAUAAUUUGUGACCAGAAGAUACACUGUUAGAAAAAUGCUAUGAAGUUCUUGUAUCUCUGUAUGUAUGUGCCUUUAUUUAUCUUUGUAUUUCAAUUGGGAUCAUUUCUAUUUGUUUAUCACUGAUCUCCACUCAUCUCCACUCCCACCCUGGCUGUUUCAGAACUACUGACCCAUUGAAGACUUUUCAUCUCAGUUGUUUUCUCUUUUAUUUUUUAGUAUUUCCAUUUCAUUCUUACAGUGUUUGUUUUUCUGCCGAAUUCCCCAUCUGUUCUUGUUUUCUACUGUUUCCUUUGUCUUAGUUUGUACUACUCUAAGAAAGCACUGUAGAGUGUGUGGCUUAUCAGCAAUAGAAAUUUAUUUUUUCUGAAAGUCUGAAAUCAUGGUGUCAGUAUGGUUGGGUUUUGGUAAGGACUCACUUCAGGGUUGCAGACUGCCAAUUUCUCAUUGUAUCCUCCCGUGGCAGAAAGAGGUAGAGAGCCCUCUGAGAUCCCUUUUAUAAGCACAGUAGUCCCAUUGAUGAGGGUUCUAUCCUCAUGACCUAACUACUUCCCAAAGGCCCCACCUCCUAAUAUUAUCACACUAGGGAUUAGAUUUCAGCCUACAAAAUUUAAAGAAUACAAACAUCUAGUCUAUAAUACUUUUUACAUAUUAAUCAUAGUUAUUUUAAUUCCAUGUAUAGUAGUUCCAGUAACAGGGCCACAGUCUGGGUCUGCUGAUUGCUUUAUCUCUUGACAGCAGGUUGCUUUCUGUUGCUGUUUUGCAUCUAAUAAUUUUUGACUGAAUGCUGAACAUUGUAUGUAGGAUAGUAUAAAUUGAGGUAAAUAGUAUUUAUUCCUGGAAAUAGGCAUGGCUGCUCUUCUGAUACGCCAUUGGCAUGGUGGGAUUGAGUCUAUCUAGUCAGCAGUUGGGCUAUUUUUUUGUUUUAUUGUUAGUAUUGUGACCUUCAGUGUACCAUAGACUUCAAAUUUCUCUAAUGUUACCUUGUGUUUGUAACAGACACUGGUUUCUCGGAAAAUUUUCUCAAUCCUGGGCCACACUUGCCUUUAGGCCUUUCCUGUGUGCCUGCAUUUCAGUGUGGGUCUCUUUCCAUACUCUUGCCUCUCCCUUAGCAGUAGAUUGUCUUCUUACUUGAUUCUUGCUGACCUGGUAUGGAGGGAGGAGCAAGAGUUGCUCUAUAUCCCUGGGUAUUCAUGGGUUUUUCAUUGAUCCUGCAUCUCAUGGUCUGGGACCAGGAUGGUUUGUUUCUUCCCCUUCUAUCAUGGGUAGAUUUUUUUUUUCUUUUCCCUUCCUCUCAUCACAGUGAAUAUUCACCUAUGUUCUAAGGACAACUGUUUGAUGCACUGUCCCCUGUGCUUAAGGAGAGUAGGAGAGUAGGGUGCCAUUGGGUCUUUAGAUCAUUUCUGUAUCAGCAGCUUCCCCCUUCCAGGUCUACACCAUGAAGAGAGGCUUUCUCCAAUUUCCUAUUCUCCUCCCAGUGUUUCCUUGUGAGCACCCAGCAGAAGUCUGUGGAGAAAAGCCUGCAAAUGUGUAGACCUAUAGGUCUAUAGUUCUCAGGGAGUCUGUAUUCUCACACUCUCCCACACUCAGCCUCUAGCAACUCAAAAAAUCCUUGCCGAAUUCUUAGUGUUCCUAUGGUGGCCCCCAUCUCCCUUCCUUCUCUGCCACAGGUGACCCAGUGAUAACUGCCUGCCUCCUUCGUAGCACUUGCCUUUUCUUAUGUCUUGAGCUAGUUGGUUGCUCUGUGAUCUUAGCUUUCUGGUAGCUUCAAGAAAACUUAUGGGUUUGUAGACUGUUCAGCUUUUUUCUUGUUAAAAGGAUGUGAGUGUUGCUCUUUCCAGAUGUCUGCAUCAUAGGCAGAAGCCAGAAGGGUAGAGAGUCUCCUUUGGGUACUAUGAUCAGAAUCAUGCCUCUUUUUAAUGUUACUUUGCCAUUUCACCCAUCAAGAGAUAAAAUCUAUUUCAGAAACCCUUGAAAUUGGGCUUGGCCAUUUCUUUGGCCAAUAGAACCAGUAGCAGAUAUGAAACAAGCAGAGGCUUAAAAAGUACGUGCACAUUGAGUUUUUCCUGCACUUGCUGCUUUUUGGAAUCCUGGGCCCAUGUGUAAAAAGGUCUGGACUGUACUGCUGGAAGAUGAAAGACCUCAUGGGACAAUGAUGGAGCAGACAGACUAUCCUACAUGAGGCACCCUAGUCCAAAUGGAUUGUCAACUGCCAAACAUCCUAGCCAUCCAACCCUGGUCAAGGCAGCUGUCUGAAAUCAGCAUCCUCUGAGAUUACCCUGAGUGACUGCUCCUUCUAGUAUUCAUGUUCUUGUAUAAUUCCUUCCCCUUGAAUUUGGACUGGAUCUAGGGAUUUGGUUCUAGUGAAUAGAAAUGAGGCAGAGGUAAUGGGAUAUCACAACCAAGAUCAGGUUAUCAAAAGACUGACUUCUAUUUUAGGUGUUGAUUUCUCAGAUGGCUCGCCCUACGGGCAGUAGGCUGUCACCUCAUUAGUCCUAUGGAAAGGCCCUUUUGAGUGAACAUAGGAGUAUAUUCUCUCCUAGUCUAGCCUUCAGAUGAGACCACAGCCAGAUAUCUUGACUGUAAUGUUAUAAGAGACCUCCAGCCAGGGUCACCCUUUUGAGCCAUACCCGAAUUCCAGACCCACAGAAACUGAGAUGAUAAAUGUUUGUUGUUUUAAGCUGCUACAUUUUAAAAUAACGAGUUCCACAGUAAUAGGUUGAUAAUACACUGGCUCAGACUAGAAAAGCUCUACCAUACAUCCUACUCAUCCCAGAGAACAUAAUCAUGGAUUAAAAUGUUUAUUGUUUCAGGGCCAGGGAUUUAACUCAGUGUUGUCGCCACCUGCCUUGCAAGUGCAAGGUCCUGAUUUCGAUCCCUGGUACCAAAAAAAAAAAUGUUUAUCAUUUCAAGUCACUAAGUUUUAGAUGGCUUACUACCCAGAAAAAGUUAACUGAUAAAGUCACUAUUUACUGAAUUUCCUCCUUAUUCUCCAGCAGAUAAUCAGUACUAAUCAACUACUGUGGGUACUUUGAUAUUUUAAUCUGUGCUUAUAAAUAUGUAUAUAUAUGUGUAUUAUCAUGUUUAUAAUCAAGUUUUAUAAGGAUUGUUUCCUUCUUUGAUUUUCACAAAUAGGAUCAUUGCAUACAACCAUCUCUCCAUCUUGCUUUAUUAUUCAACAAUAUCUGUUUGGAAUGGUGGCAUAUGUGCAGCAAUUUUUCAGUCAUUUACAUAUUAAAAUUUAUUCAUCCCCAUUUUCACCUGUUUUGGUUACUAGGAGCAAUGCAGUUAAAAAUACGUUAGGAGGUAAGCUGUGCAUGAGGAUGCAUAGUUACAGUCCUAGCUACUUGAGAGGCUGGGGCAGAAGGAACACUUGACCCCAUGAAUACAAGGCAGUAUAGCAAGACCUUAUCUCAAAAAUGUUGAGGUAGUGUGCAUACUGGUUAAGCAGAUAGACCCAUGAACCAGCCUACUAGAGUUCCAAUCCUGGCUCUACUAGUUACUACUGGCACAACAUUGAGCAGGUCAGUUACUUCUCUGUCCUGAUUUUUUUGCAGCUAUAAAAGAUAUUCACACCUAGUACCUAUCUCAUAGAUUUGACUGAGAAGUAUAUUUCUUUCCUAGGACUGUUUUAUAAAGUACCACACAUUAGAUGACUUACAGCUAUAGACAUUUAUUUUCUCGCAGUUCUGGAGGCUCAAAAUCAAGGUGUCAUCAGGACUCUCUUGCAAGAUGCUGGGGGAGGAACUAUUUCAUGCCCCUCUUCUGGGCUCUGGUAGACUCAGGUGUUACUUAGCUUGAAGAUGCAUCACUCCAGUGACGUGGCCAUUUUCUCUGUGUCUUCACAUUGCAUUCCUCUAUGUGUGUGUCUUGUGUCUAAAUUUCCCCUUUUAUAAGGUUAUAGCACAUUCAUGGCCACUCUAAUGACUUCAUUUUAACUUGGUGACUUCUGUAAAGAUUCUGAGUAAGGUCACAUUCUGAGGUCUUGGGGUUAGAAUUUCCACAUAUCUCUUUAGGAGGAUACAGUUCAACCCAUAACAAACAGUUAAUGCAUUUAUCUGUGUAAAGCACUUAGGACUAUGUGUGGAGAUAAGUUCUUAGUGAAAAUUAGAUAACAUCCCACUCUGUGUUUGAGAUGAGCUGAGAAUUGAGAGCUUGUCUGUGGCAUGUAAGUCUCAUUUAACAGAAAAAGCAACCGCAGGACUGAGACUUGUGCUACCAGUGUUUGAAGACUGUAUCAAGAAGGAUUCGUCUACAGAGGAUAAUGAAAAGGAGCAGCCAGAAAGGUAAAAACAUAACAUGAGAAGAGGGCUCACUGAAGUGUGUUUCCAAAGAGCAUUUCAAUGUAAAACUUGUUCAAGCUGAAGUUCCAUUCGUAUGCAAAUGAAACUGAUUCUUGAGUUUGUGACAGGAAGGCUAUUGUUGACUUUGAUGAGUGUUAUUUUGGAGAUGGAUUUGAAGAAAGCAAUUGAGCAAAUCUAAAGGAAUUUCUGAAAAUUCAGAUAAUUUUACUUAGCCAUAAAGUAAAUCCUCUGUUAGAAAAAUACUAUGUCGUGAGGCUGGAUUGCUCUGUUGUUAUCUGGAUUAAACUGAAAAAUGAGAAUUGGUGAAGAGUAGAAAUUAUAUGUGAUUUGGGAGGUCAAAGGGAAGAACCAACCUUCCCUCUAAAGUUAUUUGAGAUUAGAUACAGUGAGGGACAGAGGCAGAGAGCCACCAAACGGGUUCCAAUUUUUUCUCACUCUAUUCUCUAUAUCCAGCCUGUCUUUCCAUCUCCCAGCCCUGCUGAUAGACAUUGGCCCCAGGCUAACAGCCCCCCUUCACAGUUCUAUUUUAGCAGCUGGAUAUGCCUAGCUUCUCAGAUUUUCUUGACAGUUCUGAUUUAUCUACCAAUGCCAGUGACUUCUCUAAUCUUUCAGCUCUUCCUUUUAUAUCCUUACUUCCCCAUAUAGAACUAUAAAUUAUGCAUGGUCUUGUUAAUAUUUUAAAAUUCCUUAUUUCAUAAUAUGCAGUGAUUAUGCUAUCCUGAUUGAUAGUUAUACUUUCUUUUCCUGAGAUCUUGAUAAAUGUUCUAAUGGUAAUGUUGAGUGAUGCCAUUGAGAAAUCUUAGAUAAACUCGUUCUCUUUUAGUCUUGUACAUAAUGUGCCUUUCUGCCAUAUGAUUAAGUUUUAUUCUUGAAGUUAAGGAUCUAAUAGAAGCAUAUACCUUGAUCCUGAUCUUUGUGAAUUAAUUUUACCUUAGUUAUAGUGAGUCAUUCCAAUCAUUCAUUUUGGAGAAGUUUUGCUUAACCGUUUUCAGAUCCAUUCCUUCUCUUCAGGGACAUCAGUUAUGAUAUAUAAGAUAUUUUUGUCUUCUAUAUUUAUUUUGUAGCAUUCUACAUUCAUUUCAUAUCAUUUUUAUUUUGUGUGAUGAAAUCUAGCCUCCUGUUGAGAGUCAAUUUCCAUGAAACUCUCAUGUUUAUUCAUUAACAACUGAUUUUCUCAGAUUUAUUUUUAUUUCAGGAUAGUGAAGAUAGAGAAUGUCUCCCUCUCUGGAAACAUUUGCAGAGCAGAUUUGGUUACAUUCUAGGGUAAUAAGAUAAUGUGCCUAUCUGAAGAGGAGGAUGGGAAAUAAAACAGUGUUUCCCUCCAUAUUUUAAUGAGUACAUUUUCUUUUUUUACUGGUAUAUGUUUAUAGUAUACAAUGGUUACUGGGUUUUUUUUAAUGGUUAGUUUCAUUGUGAGGAGUUGGUACAUGUACAUGACAUUACUUAUUUCUUUUUUUUUUUUUUGGUACCGGGGAUCGAACUUGGGUCCUUGCGCUUGCGCAGCAGGCGACGAAACCACUGAGCUAAAUCCGUGGCCCUCUUAUUUCUUUUUUUAACUUCUUCCCUUUCCCUCCCCCCACCUCCCUGCCUCCCUUGGACCCUUUCAUAUAUAUAAUUAUUAUUUUUAUACAUGUUUAUAGUAUGUGGAUCACAUUUUUCAUAGGUACUUGAUGUAUGAUAAUUAGUACAAUUUAAAUCAGGUAAAAGUAUUAAACUGGGCAUGGUGGUGCACACCUAUAAUUCCAGGGCUCAGUAGGCUGAGGCAGGAGGAUCACUCCAAGUUUGAGGCCAGCCUGGGCUGCAUAAUGAGUUCAAGACCAGCCUGAACUACAUAGCAAGACCCUGUUUCAAAAAAGAAGUGUUGCAAGAACAGUAAAAUACAUAUAUGUUUCACUUUUGUCUUGAUUUAACAUUGUAUAUUUAAUUUUUUCCUGAAAUAGUUAUAAACAUUAUAACAUUACACCCUCAAAUAAUUGAGUAUUCAUCUCCUAAAAAUAAGGCUAUUUUCCCACAUAAUUGAAAUGUCAUUAUCAAUCUAAUUCUCAUAUCCAGUCCACUUUCAAAUUUCUCCCAUUGUCCUCAAAAUAUAUUUUACAAGUUUAUUGUAGUAUAAUUCACAUAUGAUAAAUGGAACUUGUUUGAAAAUGUACAAUUUGAUGAGUUUUGACCUAAGUGUAACCUUUCAAACCAUCACAAUAAGAAAAAUGAACAUACCCAUCACCCCCAAGAAAAUUAAUUUAUGCCUCUUCAUCAUCCAGCCCUCCUUCCUCAUACUUUCCCCCCAUUCAGUCAACCACUAAUCUCUUUUCUGCUGUUGCAGAUUAGUUUGCAUUUUCAACAAAUUUCUAUAAUGGAAUGAUACCAUAGGCAUCUGUUUGGCUUCUUUCAUUUGGGAUAAUUAUUUUGAAAUGUGUUUAUUUGUUACAUGUAUUUAUAUUCUUUCCCUUUUCUUGCUAAAUGGUAUUUCAUCGUAUGGGUAUACCAAAAUUUGUUUAUCAUUUCAUGUAUUAAUGGACAUUUGUGUUUUUAUAAUUUUUGCUAUUACAAAUAAAA